AUGCACUCAAUCAAUCCUUAUCUUCGUGCAUUCUUCAAGAGUAACCUCCCGAGCCAAUGCAGUCCGGUCACCAACCACAUCCUGCUCGUGCCAACGACCGACUGCCUUUUCGCAGGCCGAGAUCGAGAAGCAAAUGCUACAUACACGGAGGUAGCCACUUCAGAAGAUUUCUUAGCUAGUCAUGUUCUACGCAUUCGGAACACGCAAGCGCCUGGCGAAGGAAGCAUACGAGACAGCAGGGGUAAAGCAAAACAGUAUGAUACCUUCAAUGGCAGAACGGUAGUGGUCAAAGAGUCGUUCGUGUACAGUAACAAAGGAUUCAGGAACCUGAAUCAAGCCCAGCUCCUCAGCGACCAGCUCUUUUACUCGGAUAGCUUGGAGCAGCAACAAUGGCUCAUAUACUACAUUUCCAAGCCCUUAGUAGGGUCAUAUGAGCCCAUCAAAAUUACUCCUGCUAUCCUCCCUGAUAUCUUGAGAGGUUUCCCACAACCCUCGCGGGCCAAUGGGAUCGCACAAGCUGCAGAACCUGCGGCCUCUCCAAGUGAGGAGAGGAAACAUGUGGAGGGCUUCAAUGACCUGAUGAAUCAAUUUCCAAUGAUAGCACGCCAUAUGCAUCCUGGUCUUGAUAAGAUAUUCAAAGACUUUGCCAGAGCAAUGAAUGAUUGGGUGCCAAGCUCGCCUUCCCAAAGGUCUACAACAUCCAAAUCAUCAAGCUCUGUCACGCUCAACAAUAACGGCUCUAUACAUAGCGGUCUUUCAAAUGGGCGAGCCAAAUCUCCAUCAAUCGCAAGAUCGCAGCUCGUGCAGGAGGCAGACUACAUGCGUACAAGGCUUGAAAAUGCAGUGAAUAAUGCGGUUGAAUUGUUUCAGAACAGUGAUAAGCACCAGUUGACGCUUUUAGGAAGCUCGACUCAGCUUACAGGACUUGAGGUCGACAGGAUGAUCGAACGCUUCGUCACAGAGCAGCUUCAUGAACCGUUCCUAUUUCCACGUCUUUGCAACAGUAGCAUGAAAGAAGACCUUGAGCUAGAAUCUAGGAUCCAUAGCCUACAAAGUAUUGAUGUUGCGCAAGUUGGGAUCGAUAUCGAGAAUGGGAGGCAGAACAAAGAUCAAUUGAUCAGCCGCAUCACGAAAGGAGUGGAAGAAUUUCGAAAACUUGGUGUUUCCGGUGGCCCACAGCAAAUGAUAGAUAUCCUGCUUGCUACGCAAAAGAUUGUGACUGGUCAAUCGAAAUCUGGAAUGUCAGCAGAUGCUGGAAAGGAUAUUCCAGAUGCUGAGAAGCCUCCACCGCAGACAAUGAACGCGGACACCCUGGUUUCCUUGCUCCUGAUGGUUGUCAUUCGCUCUCAAGUACGCCAUUUACACGCACGCCUGACAUAUAUGCGUGACUUCAACGUAUAUCAUGAUGUCGACAGUGGUGAAGCAGGAUACACUCUCAGCACUUUCGAAGCCGUCUUGUCUUACUUGUCAAGUGAAUCUGUAGGACUCAAAAAGGCGAGCUUAAGGAAUAAGCGGCUCUGGCAAGCCACGAAAAGGGGUGACAUAGAUACUAUGAGAGAGAUACUUGAGUUUAGCGACCUGAAAGCUCAUAACAGCAUCUUACGCCGUUCCUCACGCGCCAGUGAAGAAGCUAUAGAUGACCACGAAGCGAAUUUUGCUGCCACGAGCGGCUUCUCUCACGAGAGCAAGAUUGAACCUAGUCGACAGAGCUCAUUGACCCCUACGGAGGCUAGCUACGCUUCAGAAGCAUCAACUCUAGCCCACGUGUAUCCCCUUGAGCUCACUGAGGCUAAAAGACCGAAGAAGGUCACAAUAGAUAGACGCAGUCUAUCCAAUGCCUCUGAAUACUCUUACCUUUCUCGAACGACGACUAUAGACUCGACUGUGAGCGCCAUCGAGGGUGACACAUCUGUCGAGACUCUUGCUCAGACCCAAGAUAUUGACAGCAACUCUGUGCCAAUGAUGGCCGUCGAGUCACGCCAAGCUGGAGCCUUCGAAUAUCUCCUUUCUUGUGAGGGCUACUUUCCGAUGAAAUUCAUCCUAGAGGAUGAGGGCCAUGAGGGGACGACGCUCUUGAGCGCAGCAGUACAACUGAAUGCCCAUGAUAUAAUUCACACGCUGCUGAGAAGGCUGUUGGGAGUGAGGGAUAGGCAAAUUAUCUCGCAGUACUUCGCUCGGGCUGAUCAUCGCGGUCGAACGGUGGCUCAUUAUCUUUUCAACGCGCCUUGGCUUCUACCUAGGAUUGGCGAAAUGUUGCCUUGGACACAGAAAGACAAGAUCGGGCAGACUCCUCUCCUGGCAUUGUGCAGAUCCUACGACCACCCUGACUAUCUCAACAUGGUGGAUGCUGCUCUGCACUUCUCAGCACUGCAAGAUCGAAACAAACAACUUCAUCUGGACGAUCAUGUGGAUGCCAAGAGCAAUACUCUAUUGCAUGUGGUGAAUGACGCCGCAAUUACUGUCAAACUUCUGCAAUGUUGUGACACUGAUACGAAUGCCACCAAUGAUAAACGCUUCACGCCCUUAAUGCUGGCCAGCAAAUUUGGCCGACUUGAUGUGGUCAGAGCUUUGUUUGGGGAUGCACGUGUAGACUUUCUAGCUAAAGAGCAUAGAGGUCUGACUGCAGUCGAGCUGGCUAAAGAUGAUGAGAUUCGCAACCGAAUAGAUGAUAUGGUGCUUGUCUCCAAUGUUCCUCAGGCAGACGGCCGCGUCACAGCAAUCGUUCGAUCAUUCUUUGUCGAAGAUGCCUCUGUGCGCAUGAUCAUCAAGUCUGCUACAAGGAAUGAAAAUAUGAUCAGCGUGACAGCCGGUAGACGAUCUUUGACCGACUUCGAGAACCUCGCGAAAUGGCUUGCUCUGGAAUUGCCAGCUUCCUGGUUGCCUUCGAUCUUCAAUUUCCGCUCGCCUUUUCAGAUAGCUUCAAGGCCGUCGAAAGCAAUUCUGGAGGAUAUUCAGACCCGGUUGGACAAAUUCAUCAAUCUGAUGCUAUCGCAUUCAACCUUCUCUACACAUGAAUCGUUAUGGGAAUUCCUACUCUUUCCAGAAAUCCAACCAGACAUGAUGGCCGAGCGAAGUCGCAAGAAAGCCGAGAUCCGCGCCGAAAAUGUCAGAGAAGAAUACGAGCCCGUCGAAGAUGUGCGAGACGUAGCAUCCUUCGUGGAGCACGCACGAGAAUCUAUCCGAGGCAUCGACCAGUCCACCAAAAGCGUAACAAGACGUGUUGCCAAUAUUCGCCUCGGACUUUCCAGUACAUCCCUCCUCCUCAUCCCUGCCUGCUCAUCACUAACAACAUUUCAUUAG